AUGGGCAACAUCCAGAAGAAGCUGACGCGCAGGAGCGAGGGCGGCAAGCGGCAGGAGAAGGGAAGUGGAAGUGCAGCCGAUCUAAGUAUCUUAUAUUCAAAUAGAGCAGCAUGUUACCUCAAAGACGGAAACUGCAGUGGCUGUAUUCAGGAUUGUAACAGGGCCCUGGAACUUCAUCCAUUCUCCAUCAAGCCUCUUCUUCGACGUGCAAUGGCCUAUGAAACUGUAGAGCAGUAUCAGAAAGCUUACGUGGAUUAUAAAACAGUGUUGCAAAUAGACUGUGGAAUCCAGAUAGCAAAUGACAGUAUUAACAGGAUAACAAAGAUUUUGAUCGCUCUGGAUGGCCCAAACUGGCGGGAGAAGCUGCCACCCAUUCCUGCUGUGCCCACCUCCGCACAAGUGCGGGCUUGGCGGCCUGCGGCAGAGACGCCCCCAGACCAAGUGGGAGAUUCCUGCCACCAUCCCCAGCCGGGCACACCAGAUGAAAAAGUAUUUAAAACCCUUAAAGAAGAAGGAAAUCAAUGUGUAAAAGACAAAAACUAUAAAGAUGCCCUUAGUAAAUACAGUGAAUGCUUAAAGAUUAACAACAAGGAAUGUGCCAUUUAUACAAACAGAGCCCUCUGUUACUUGAAGCUGGGCCAGUUUGAAGAGGCAAAGCAGGACUGUGACCAGGCCCUUCAGAUGGAUCACAGGAGUGUGAAAGCUUACUAUAGACGAGCCCUUGCUCACAAAGGGCUCAAGAAUUAUCAGAAAAGUUUAAACGAUCUCAAUAAAGUUCUCCUACUAGACCCAAGUAUUGUUGAGGCAAAAAUGGAACUGGAAGAGGUAACCAGAAUCCUUAAUAUUAAGGAUAAUACAGCAUCAUUCAACAAAGAAAAGGAGAGAAGGAAAAUUGAGAUUCAAGAGGUGAGUGAAGGCCAUCAGGAAGAGUCUGAGAGGACCGUGAAGGAAGCCCCCACGGACGGCCUUGCUUCUGAGAAGGGGGACACCAGUAAUGGGCCACAAGAACUCUAUGAGAAACUGCUGAUCUCCAGGCCUAACAGUGCCUACGAAUUUGGUCAGGUUAUAAACGCCAUCAGUACGAGGAAAGAUCAAGGAGCCUGUGCACACCUGCUAGCCAUCACUGAACCCAAAGAUUUGCCAGUGUUGUUGAGUAACAAACUUGAAGGGGACACGUUCCUCCUCCUCCUCCAGUCUCUGAAAAGUCAUCUUAUUGAUAAAGAUCCCUCCUUGGUGUAUCAGCAUCUUUUAUAUCUGAGCAAAGCAGAAAGGUUUAAGAUGAUGUUGACACUAAUUAGCAAAGACCAAAAGGAGCAGAUGAAGCGGCUCUUUGAUGACCUCUCAGAUGCACCAAACAAACACUUUACUUUAGAAGAUGUACAGGCCCUCAAAAGGCACUAUGAUGUUUAAAUCAAGAUAAUGGUUAGAUUUCUUCUAUGUAUGUAUGUGUUCCAGUAAUGCCAGUGAGAUGGUAUUGUAAUAGAGUUGCAUGGAUAAAACCUGGCUUAGAAAAGAUCCCUUGGUCUGGACUAUAAAAUAUUUUACUUAUUUUUAUACACAGAACACGUAUAUUCUACAAUCUCCUUUUUAUUAGUUGUAAAUAUUUUCUUAUGUACCAGAGCUAACAUCUUUAUAUUUAAUAAUAAGUAUAUUUGGAACUUGUUAAGAUGCAUUUUAACUUAUACCAUACAUUUUCUCUUAAUGACUUGUUAAAAUUUUGAGUUAAAUUCUACUUCUUUGGGCUAUGAAGCAGUCCUCUUAAGUUUGGUAGAAAUGUCAUUUCUUUAUAGUUCAUUUUUAAAAGUGAAAAUCAUUAACAGUGAUUAUUACAUCACCUUUAUUUCCUGCUAAGAUAUAUAUAAAUCCCAUUUUAUAUUACUUGUGGAUGACAGGCCUCUAAGAUGAAACACAACAUUUAAGUCUAUAAUAGGAAAUGAUUAUUAAAUAAAUUUUGGUUAUUUAGAGCUAUAAGAGGAACGUAUUUUUUCUAAUAGGGAAGUAUUGCCUACUAAUUAAGAACAGAAAUUGCCAAAAAUUCUAUUACUAGAUUUUUGAAGGCUGGUUUCCCUUAUGUGUUGUUUAUAUAAGCAAUAACAGAACAGCCACUGUAUAAAAGCAACCAAGCCUGCAUUUCUAUUUGAAUUGUCACUUGCACAUUUCCCCCAAACAUUUUAAGUUACUUCUCCCUCUUUUUUUCCCUCCUCCUUUAAGCAUGAUCAUAUUUAUUCCCUUAGUGCAAAAGGGAAAAUGAAGAACUCUUUAUAUUGAGAGCUCACUUGUCACUUGGGUCAAAGUAAAGGUAUUUCUUAUAAUAAAACAUUCAGGUCUCUA